UCUCUCAUUGGCGGAAUUCGCGAAGCCACGUGACCGCGGCGAAGAGAUACGCAUGUGCAAUGUAGCGAGCGCUGUGCGGGAAGAGUAGAUCGAGCUCCCGCCACCUCUACCGUCGUAACUAGUAGUGUGGCUCAGCUGUUUCUGUUUACUAAACAAAGGAGCCAGAAAUCAGUUCAACGGUGGACAGCGAGCGGGGCACGUUCGUGUGUCCGUCAGCGACACCACAUCUCUUUUCUAACCCUUUUUGACCACCCAACAGACCGAUCUCGCUUCAUGAUCGCAGACGAAAAUCGCGAGUGCAUCUAACCAGGAUAUUGCUCGGAGCCUCAUCAAUCGCUAAACCACCGGAUACCCGAGCGAUAUCAGAGGGCCAAAGCACGUAGUAAGAGGAGGAAACAAAUGCAGUAAACAUGCCGUCGUUGCUGGAAGCGCUGGAGCUGAAGUACGGCAGUUCAACGACCGACUGCUCCCUCACGGACGAGGAGACGGAAUCGAGCUCGCCGAAGGCCGCCCUCUCGGUCAGCAUUUUCAUUCCGAAGAAAUCACCCCGUCAUACGGUGCCUGCGUUGCUCGUCUUACAAGACUGCGACAUCGAGUCGGCUGGAAAUGACUCAGAAAAGCUUCGAAAUAAAUGCAAGAACGUCGAGGAACUGGACCUCGCGCAAAACAAACUGUCCCAAUGGACCGAAGUAUUCGGCAUCUUGCAGCACAUGCCGAAGAUCAAGUUCGUCAAUCUCAGUUUCAACUGUUUGGCCGAGGUUUUCGAGAUUAAACACGGUAGUUACGAUCUACUAAAGAACCUAGUGUUAAACGGGACCAGAGUGACCUGGUCAACGGUUCAGGGAUUGAUUCGUUUACUUCGUAACCUGGAGGAGCUGCAUCUUUCCUUGAACGAGUAUAAGACGGUAGAUCUAGACUAUCAGAUGCCAGAGAAUAAGAAUAUCUCGGUGAGAAAGCUUCAUUUUACUGGCAAUCCCGUUGAAAUAUGGAACGAAAUUUCCAAAUUGGGAUAUGUCUUUCCGAAUCUGGAGAGCCUCGUGCUGGCAGAGUGUCCGAUAAGGUCGUUGGCUCUCGCAGACAAUAGGAACUCGAACGAGGAGCUGUGUUCUAAGAAAGAGUCAGGAAAUCUGAGCGAAGACAGUGAGAAUAUGAACAGUCUGGAUACCGAGCAAAACACAUCGGUGGAUGAAAAAGGGAACAGGAUAUUCAGCGAGGGAAAGGUGAAUUACGACAGGUCUGAGUCGGAAUCGGAGUCCAGCGGGACGACCAUUAGGUCCUCUCACGAUCCUUUCAGGAAGCUCAGGUUCCUAAACUUAAACGGCACGCUGUUGUCCACGUGGGACGACGUGGAACGACUGGCCAGGUUCCCAGCGCUUAAGUCUUUGAGGAUUCAGGGCUGUCCUCUUUUCGAGAGUCCUCGAGAAUACACGGAACAUGAGAGGCGGCAGCUUUUGAUCGCCAGACUUCCAAAUGUCGAGACUUUGAACGGCGGCGGCGUGAUAUCCUCCCAGGAACGCGAGGACGCCGAGAGAGCCUUCAUUCGUUACUACAUGGACAAACCGGAAGCAGACAGACCCGAAAGGUACUCUGAGCUGGUGGCUAUUCACGGAAAGCUGGAUCCUCUGGUACACGUUGACCUGAAGCCCGAGAAGAGGGUCAAGGUCACAUUCACUUACGGAGACCUGGUCGAGGUUCGCUCCAUAGACGUAUACAGAACGGUUUUUGAAUUGAAAACCAAACUGGAGACGAUGGUGAAAAUCCCAGCGAAUAGGAUGAGACUGUUUUACGUGGAUCAGGUGAUGAAGGCGCAAUAUGGACCAGAAGAGAUGCUGUAUCCGAACAAGCAGCUAUACCGAUACAACAUUCGGAACGGCGACGAGAUCAUAAUCGACAGCAAGUUGAAUCGUUUUGUGUCGACGUCUUCGACUACGUCUUCCAUACGUUCAUGAAGAAGGUUCUUCAGCGAAUCGUCGGACGACGCGAAACUUACCUGACAGUUGUCAGGAUCUGAUCUCCACUAACGGAUCUACGAGUCGAAGGUCUCAUAGGUCUCGAUUAUAGAUCAGAGAGACUCGGGAUUUUUUAUAUACACACGCCGAGUAAUUGUUCUAGAAAUUAUAUUUAUCGAUUCUUCAGGGUUGAGAAGCAUAACAAGUACAUUAAGGACUGAUAGAAGAGGCGAGUUUGUGCGUGGCGAAUGGCCUCACGAGAAAGAGAAGUUUGAAUUUUUACAAUACGCGGACACACUAGACAUAUUUGAAGAGAGGGAGACGAAAUUUUCACUCACAUAGACACACGUAUAUUCUGUAUCAUGUUUUUAUGAAAAAGAUUCAGAGGAUGGCGUUUGCAAUGAAGUUUGCGACUCUUUUUAGAAGCUUUGCGUUAAUUGUUAGCGUAGAUUGCAAUCGAGCCUAUCGGAGAAACAAACGUAAAGUACUUAGUCGAAUAGUAUCCGAUUGUUUUCCGUGUAGUGAAAGUCACUUGUUGCUUAAGGACGUGAAAGUUUAUACGUUGGCCAUAUUGUACAGAAAAAGUCUUAUUAGUGACUCGAUUGUAAAAUUCGCAGGAGAUAUAUCAAUAAAAAAAAAAAAAAAAAAAUAUCGUAGAGUUAAAUGUCGCAAGCGCGUAUUGGUAUCGAUUAGAGACGAAUACAUUAAUCGAUCAGUCAUGAUACUUUUAAUUCCUCAGCCAAAUUUACCAUGUUAGAAAUGUUAUCUAGUGAACUGUUAAAUUUGAUUUAUUAACGUUUUGUAACAAUAAGAGAGUUCGACAAAAAGCAGAAUUGGUCGAAUUAGGCUCGUAAAUGAAUUUUUAAACUAUGAAAUAAUUCGCAUAUUUCGGGACAAUGCAAUGAGUAUGAUGGAAACAUGAAAAACGAACGUCAGAAUUGCCGAGGAGAAUGAAAACUAUUUUUAUAGAUCGCAGCUAGACACGAUGAUGGCGCCAUAAGAAUAAAAAGAAAAUCAUGGGCAAUAAUAAAAGUAUACGCAGUUAUAUCUUGGCUCCAAGGAUCAAAGUUUCGUGCUGACUCGUAAAAGAAUUCUUAUUUUACGCUGGAGCAGUAUAAUACCAACUUAAAUUGCAAUAUACAUUUUUAUAUAAACUAUAAAAAAGCAAAGAAAGAGCGAUAACCGCUGUGAUUGUUUCUUUUUUACAUUUUUACGUUUAUGUAUCGAUAUAAAGAAACAAACACCGCCGCUUCGUUACAGAUGGAAUAUCAAGCCAUUUAAUAUAAUUUUUGCAUUUUCGACAUGUACUUAAGCUUGACAGUCAUCGAUAGAUGAUAACUGUGAAUUUAAGCGCAACUAACAACAUACGUGUCUAAGUUUCGAUAAUUUUAGAUAACUUACGGUUGUUCUUCAGUGUAUCCCUUAUUGUGUGGAAUUCAUAAAAUACCUAAGGCAGAAUGAAACACGAGGAAGCUUAUGAUUAACUCGCGGUCAGACACUAGGAAGAAAGCAACGAUGUUGCGCGUUUUGGCUUAUUCCGUUUACUAGGAAAGAACCUUGAAGAGUCACUUAGUGCCUGCCUUUUAUUAGCAUAACUCGAAUAUUUCUAACACUGCCCUUGUAAAUACCAUGAACAUGUGAACUGCGAUGUAACUUCGUCGACUCUUCAUGGUAGUGCGUUGACCAGUCUGUGUUUUUUACUGUGAGCAACUUUCUGCAUUGGAAUAUUUCUUAGUUCUGAGAAGUAAAAAAAUUCUUCAAGAGUUUUUUUAAGAAAUAGGUGGAUUUAACAGUAAUAGUCUAGAUAUUUCAGUGCAGGGGUUGUAAUGGUUAUGAAAGAAUGAGAUAGAACUGUACGAUUAACCCUACUGUAGGCAACCAAGUACACAGUUAUUCGUUUCUACAUUUCCUGCACCAAUUUAUUAUUUUCUAAUGAAAAUAUCGCAACUUAAAUUCGACGUCGAAAUUUAUGUAAAAAUUUAGGAUGUUGAAGCUUCGAAUUUGCUUAUUGACUCGUUGGAUAAGCUUUUGUAUUUUUGUUGUCUAAAUAAGGGUUAAAGAAGAGUCGGUCGACGCUUCACUGAAGUAUCAACUGCGGUAUCGCGUACGUUCUUGAUGUUGGAUCUCAGGGUCAUCGGCAAUUUCCCAAAUUGAACGAAUCGUAUGAAGCGUCGUUUGAUCGAUGCAAGUAAUCACGAGCAAACAAUGGGCAAAAACACGAUGGCCCUGAGAUCUCCACGCCCUAUAAUGUGUCUAGUCUCGGAAAAGGAAACUCUGCAUUGUUCUCACUUUAUAUAAUACGAUCCUUUUUUGUGCUGGCGCAAAUGUGUACGUACUAACGAAAUAAAAACUUUAUAUGAGA